AUGCAUGGCAUACCAACAGCGCAAACACAACCGCAGCUUGUUGUGCACAGAGGAGAGACAACAAGCAGCGAGGCUUACGGCAGAGAGAAAGCCGGCGAUACAUUCUCCGUGGGCAUAGUUCGCUUCAACGACCCUGAACUCAAGAUGAUGGCCACAGUGGAGCGAGAUCCAGCAGGCUGGGAUCCAGAGGAUUCCCAAAGCGGGCAGAACCUUCUGGGUAAGAAUGGCGGUGGUGGAAAGGGAGAAGGGGGGCGAGGUUCUCCACCUCCACCUGGCCCCAAGAUAAGCAUGUGUGGGCUGCUGUCGCUGCAGUACUACCAGCCGUACUUCGACGUGGACACGAGCGAAGUGAAGACAAAGCUACUGCAGGCAAUAUGGCCGAUGCGCAAGACGGCUUCGUUCCUUGGAGAGGGAGACUCCUCCAAAGUCGACCUGUACGGCCCGGUUUGGGUGCCCGCGACCCUGAUUUUCUUGCUCUCCGUCGCGGUAAACGCUCGACGAGCGAUGACGGAUGACGCCUCCUUGGGGGAGUUCGAUGACGUGUCGACGAGCGCUUACUCGGUGCUGGCCUACCUGGCCAUCGGUACCGGCGGGCUCUGGGCUUUCUUCCGGACGCAUGGUGUGCCUCUAUCUUUUGCCGAGGCCCUCAGCGUAUACGGUUAUUCUCUCACCCCUUUCCUAGCGGCGGCCCCCCUCUGCCUGUUGUCGUGGCCGUUCCGAUCGUGCGGCCUCGCAGCGGCGAGUCUGGUGGCGGCGAUUUUCGUCCUCCGGAGCUCCUGGCCCCGGCUGCAAGAGCACAUGCCCGAGAAGUCCAUGGUGCUCCUCUUGACGGCGGUUGCCACCUACCACGUGUUGUGGUUCCUGUUGCUCACUGUUGUCUAAGGAACGGGGGUCAAUGAAGAAUGAUCGGUAGUGUUGUGCGACCUUGCACGAAUUGUGACGGCCGUACCGUAAGCUUAAGAGGUGAAGGUUCAUCCCGGAGUAGACUAUUUACCGUGUGUUUGUUCUGGAAAUUGCCCGUGCCGUGUGUUAUGUUGUGUGUAUCUUGGUCAGGGUGAUGUUCCGAGGGCAGGAUUUUGCUGCCCACAAGUUGGGGUAGUUUUCCAAAGUUACGUGCGAAUUAAUUUAAUUUGAAGUAGUCAUGAUAGGUGCUGGGACAAAACAAACGUGCUCCGUUACUCCGUUUUUCAAGCAAAUUUGAUGUUUGGUUUAGUGUACUGUACUUGCUACCCCCCAGGCUGGUGGUGCGCACGUUCCACUAUUUAUUUAUUUAUUUGUUUCUGAUUCUUUUGUUUUCUUGUAUUUUAUCGCUCUGCUAACCCUUGGGGUCCAUUUUAUUUUGGUAUACCAUUUCUAGGUACGUUAGCCUGUGACCACGGAAAUUGACCGAGUCAAGUGCUGGAUUAGUACGGAGAGAUUGAGACAGAAGGAGGUACAGAAUAGAGAGACCGGGAUGGUUUUUAAUAUGAAGACAACAACAACAACAACAACAACUUGUGUUUUGGUUUUCGCGACCUUGGCUUCAAAUACCCCACCAUUGUAUAUACGUAGAUGAUGAUGGGGUGUUGCUGGCUAGCUUGCGCGCCCCAGCACUGACGACGUGUGCUACUUGACGUGCGGUAGGACUGAAAUUUUUCGUCCAAAGGCAGGCACGUUCAAACUUGCUUUUUGCUGAGAUGGUGGUAGCGCGGAUGGAAAAGUCGUGGAGUGUUGUGCAAGCUUUGAGCAAGCGACACGAGGCAGUGGAAUGACGAGUGGUCGAGUGCGUGUUUCUCUGGCUGAAAAGCAAGAAAAUAACGGUGAAUGUUUCAUCGUACUCAUACCUGCAGCAGCGUCCGGAGACCCCCGUGCGGUGGCUGCCGCCGACCCCUUCUGGCUAGUUAUGGCGUGCGUGCACGCCGAGUCCGUUUGUAUGUGGGCAAUGAGACGAGGGAUCCUGCGCUCCCCCCGAUAUAAGCAUGUCUUCCCUCUCAGUAGUAUUGAUUCCUUAGUCGAGACGUUCCAACCUCCUAAUCCAGUAGCUGCAAGUCUGGUGUACUCGUUACAGAUGCUUUGCCUCUGCUGACGCCCUUGAAAGCCACAUAAUUCAAUGCCGCAUGAACUGAAACAUACACACCCAAGGUUUUAGUGUGGGGUUCUCAACCGAGCUCACAAAUGGUGCUCAAGUUCCUAGCUUCUGAUUUUUUUUUUUUCUUAAUAUGACACAACGAGUCCAUCUCUAUCAUAGAAAAGAGUCAGAGACAGAUUAACAAUGGAAUCAUCGCGUCAGAGAAAACUACCUGUGUGUCUACGAUUUCCCAGACAGCAUAUAGGGACAUCUCCCCUGUGGGUAACAGGCUCAACAAAUCAGUUUGGUAGCUGUCUUGUGUGUCUCAUAUAUGUUAUGUUGGGAAGGUGCAGACGAAAGGUGUUGGGUACUGUUGGGUAGUCGGGCGUUUUGUGUGUCGCACCCUAUUAGUUCUAACACAUGCAAUCUCCAUCAGUUUACAAACAUAUUCUCAGUUUGGUAUGCAUAUGUGCGGAGUAUGUGCGGCUGAUGUGCCAUCUCUAUCAUAGAAA